UCGGGGAGCUGCUGGUAGUGCUGGCAAGAGAGCGAGAGAGAGAGAAAGAAGAAACAACUAGUGGAAAAGAGGAUUUUUCUCACAUUUAACGGAUUUGUAACUCAAAGCGGUCCGUCUGCAGGUCGAGAAGGAGGACCAAACUGCCCCGCGAACCGGACAAAGCGGAUAUCUGAGAAGGUAAACCUGUUGCUUGACGAAGCCGGACUCAAUGGAUUGUGCUUGAUAUAAAUCAAAGUACCCUUAUGCGGAGUUACAGCCUAGUCACUGUGUUUCCUGCUUCAGAUCUUUCGACCAUGAGAUGUUUAUUCCUGUUUAGUUAAGAGAUCUGCCAGCCUAGAACGUCCUUCAGGACUUUUGAGGAUUACCUGAACCAGCCUCAGUGAUAUUUAACCAGAUUUCUUCUGCUUUACGCAGAACCACCCUUAAUCAAAGCCACAAUGUAUGGUAGCGCCCGCUCAGUGGGCAAAGUGGAGGGCAACCACAGUGGAGGAAGCAAUCAAAGCCCUGGCCGCUCACCUCGCCUGCCCCGUUCGCCCCGGCUAGGCCAUCGGCGCACAAGCAGCACAGGGGGCAGUGGAAGUGGAGGCCCCGGUGGCAAAACCCUCUCCAUGGAGAACAUUCAGUCACUUAACGCUGCCUACGCCACUUCCGGCCCCAUGUACCUGAGCGACAACGAGGUGGUGGCCUCCGGACCGGACCUGCCAAAGAGCACGAUGACGCUCGGCCGCUCGGGGGGCCACCUUCCCUAUGGCGUCCGCACCACUGUGAUGGGCAGCAGCCCCAACAUCGCCACUGGUGUGCCCGGCUCCGUGGCCAGCGACUCCAUCGCCUUCGGGGACCACAUGCCCACCAGCAUGGCAUCCACCGUGCCCCACUCGCUGCGGCAGGCGCGCGACAACACCAUCAUGGAUCUGCAGGCGCAGCUGAAGGAGGUGCUACGGGAGAACGAGCUCCUGCGCAAGGAGGUGGAUGUGAAGGAGAGCAAGCUCAGCUCCUCCAUGAACUCCAUCAAGACCUUCUGGAGCCCCGAGCUGAAGAAGGAGCGCGCGCUCCGCAAGGACGAGGUCUCCAAGAUUGCAGUGUGGAAGGAGCAGUACCGAGUGAUGCAGGAGGAGACACAGCACCUCCAAAUGACCAUCCAGGCCCUGCAGGAUGAGCUGCGCAUCCAGCGUGACCUGAAUCAACUGUUCCAGCAGGACUGCAGCGUCCGGCCAGGCGAGCCGUUCUCCGCCGAGCUCACAGAGGAGAACUUCCAGAGGCUUCACGCUGAGCACGAGCGGCAGGCCAAGGAGCUCUUUCUCCUGAGAAAGACUCUAGAGGAGAUGGAGCUGCGCAUAGACACGCAGAAGCAGACGCUCAGCGCCCGCGACGAGUCCAUCAAGAAGCUCCUGGAGAUGCUGCAGAGCAAAGGGCUGUCGGCCAAAGCCAGCGAGGAGGACCACGAGCGCACGCGCCGCCUGGCUGAGGCCGAGAUGCACAUCCACCACCUGGAGAGCCUGCUGGAGCAGAGGGACAAGGAAACCUCUGCACUGAGGGAGGAGAUCCACCGACGCUAUGAGGGAGCACCGGAAUCUGCCAAAACCAAAGCCCUGCAGACGGUCAUUGAGAUGAAGGACUCUAAGAUCAGUUCUCUGGAGCGCAGUCUGAGGGAUCUGGAAGAGGAGGUUCAGAUGCUGAAGUCAAACGGAGCUCUGAGCACAGAGGAGAGGGAGGAGGAGAUGAAACAGAUGGAAGUCUACCGCAGUCACUCGAAGUUCAUGAAGAACAAGGUAGAGCAGCUGAAGGAGGAGCUGUCUCACAGUGAGGCCCAGGGCGAGGAGCUGAGAAAGCGGGCGGCUGAGCUGCAGCAGGAGAUCGACCAGGUGAAGCAGGACCUCUCCAGAAAGGACACUGAACUCCUGGGCCUGCAGACUAAACUGGAGACGCUCACCAAUCAGUUCUCAGAUAGCAAGCAGCACAUUGAAGUUCUCAAAGAGUCUCUAACUGCCAAAGAACAGCGAGCUGCCAUCCUGCAGACCGAGGUGGACGCUCUGCGUCUACGUCUGGAGGAGAAGGAGGCCAUGCUGAACAAGAAGACUAAGCAGAUCCAGGAGAUGUCAGAGGAGAAAGGCACACUUAAUGGAGAAAUUCACGACCUGAAAGACAUGCUCGAUGUCAAAGAGCGCAAAGUCACUGUGCUUCAGAAGAAGAUUGAGAACCUGCAGGAACAGUUGAAAGAUAAGGAGAAGCAGAUGAGCAGUCUGAAGGAGCGGGUCAAAUCCCUGCAGGCUGACACCUCCAACACUGACACUGCUCUCACUACGCUGGAGGAAGCUCUGGCCGAGAAGGAGCGCAUUAUCGAGCGUCUGAAGGAGCAGAGAGACAGAGACGAGAGGGAGAAGGGCGAGGAGCUGGAAAACAACAAGAAGGAACUGAAGGAGCUGAAGGAGAAAGUCAGCUUGCUGCAGGGAGACCUGUCGGACCGUGAGACGACUCUGUUGGAUCUGAAGGAGCACGCCUCAUCUCUGGCCUCCUCUGGUUUGAAGAAGGACUCCAAGCUCAAGACUCUUGAGAUUGCUCUUGAGCAGAAGAAAGAGGAGUGCAUCAAGCUGGAGAAUCAGCUCAAGAAGCACACUGAGCACAUGUCAGGCCAUCCCUCCAAUCUUGCUCAGACAGCAGCUGUAGAGGCUCAGGCGAACACAGAGCUGUCAGAGCGCAUCAGCACACUGGAGCAGGAGGUAGCACGCCACAAAGAGGAUGCUGGGAAGGCUCAGGCCGAAGUGGACCGUCUGCUGGAGAUCCUCCGAGAGAUGGAGAAUGAGAAAAACGACAAGGACCGCAAGAUCAGUGAGCUGGAGAGUUUGGCUUCAAGGCAGAUGAAGGAUCAGAGCAAGAAGGUGGCCACCCUUAAACACAAGGAGCAAGUGGAGAAGAGCAAGAAUGCUCAGCUGAUGGAGGAGGCGCGCAAGCGGGAGGAUAACAUCAAUGAAAGCUCUCAGCAGAUCAAGGACUCUCUCAAGCAGAAGGAUGAGCGUAUCGAGGAACUGGAGGAGGCGCUGCGUGAGAGUGUUCAGAUCACUGCAGAGAGAGAAAUGGUGCUUGCGCAAGAGGAGGCUGCACGCACACAUGCCGAGAAACAGAUGGAAGAGCUGCUAUCAGCGAUGGAGAAGGUGAAGCAAGAGCUGGAGUCCAUGAAGGCCAAGCUUUCGUCUACUCAGCAGUCCCUGGCUGAGAAAGAGGCCCACCUGACCACACUGAGAGCGGAGCGCAGGAAGCACCUGGAGGAGGUCCUGGAGAUGAAGCAGGAGGCGCUACUAGCAGCCAUCAGCGAGAAGGACGCCAACAUAGCACUGCUGGAACUGUCCUCCUCCAAAAAGAAGAAGACUCAGGAUGAAGUGGCUCUGCUGAAGAGGGAGAAGGACAGACUGGUGCAGCAGCUUAAACAGCAGACACAGAACCGGAUGAAGCUAAUGGCCGAUAAUUAUGAGGAUGACCAUCUGAAGGCUUCCUCGCACUCGGACCAGACUAAUCACAAACCCUCUCCAGAUCAGAUUAUCCCCCCUCUCAUAGACCUCAAUCAGAACCGCAGUAAGUUGAAACUCUACAUCGGCCACCUCACGGCCCUUUGUCACGAGAGAGACCCCCACAUCCUGCAGGACCUGGCCCCACCCUCCGCUUAUCACCGUAGCCAACAGGACGCCUGGGAGGAGGAGCUACAGAAGAUGAGCCUUGAGCAGCUGGAGUCAGAGCUGGAGCAGUGCGAGAAGGAGAGCGCCGAGCUGCAGGAGUACGCCAACUCCGUCCUGCAGCAGAUCGCAGACCACUGCCCCGACAUCCUGGAGCAGGUGGUCAAUGCACUGGAAGAGUCAUGCUGACCGCAGCAGGCCCCUACCCUGACCAGCUCUUGUGGAAAAAAAAAACUUCUCACCAAAGCCAAAUCUGCCUCCUCUCACUGGCUCUUCUUUUAACUACCCACUACGUCUAAAAAGCUCAAGGACACCAGCACGCGUCCACAAACACCCCUCCAAACUGCAGACAGGAAGGACAGGAAGCGGCCGAGUGUAAAGGGGGAGAGCAUCCGCUCACAGAAGUGCAUGCGACUGCUGAAUAGCCCUCAGGGGGAUCAGCAUCAGCACCUGGACCGGAAUCUUCUCCUCACUCUGUCCGUCACCACCCACUCUUUUCAUCCUGUCCUUGCUUUCAUCUGCUGGUUUACCCUAAGUGUUUACAGCUUAUUUACACGCGUAAACACAUGGAGGAAGAGGCUUAGAUAAACAGGAUUAGGUGCAGUAUUAAAGGGGAAGCCCAUUAACUAGCAGUAUAUCACAAAAUUUGCCCCCAGCGUUUGCUCUUGCCUGACGAUGUGCUCUCUCUGGGCUUAACCAGCCACAGGCCUCAUAAAUCUGCGCAUAUGGUGGAAAGCUUACAGACAUGGGAUCGUUUUUGCAAAAUUUCACAUGUUCUUCUUCUUCUUUUUCUACAUUUCUUGAUGUCACUCUAUUUUGGAUCUGUUAUGGUGAGGAGUCAUUAGCAGUCAGUCAAAGCCGUUUGAAUUCGUCCUGAUUUUAAAUAGGUGCUCCAGUAGGGCUGCGUGAUUUGGCAAAAAUAUGUAAUUGCAAUUUUUUGACCAACAUUGUGAUUGUGAUUUUAAUGUGAUUGUAAUCUAGCAAGACGUCCAGCACAUCCAUUGCUUUGGACUUGAGGCUUGAACGCUGACUAAAUUGUCCCAAUGAAAAAACAACAUUAUCAUUGAUUAUUGUAGGCUAUAAUUGAAAUUGUCAAAUUGACGGCCUUUGUGAUUUGAAAAUUGCACUCUUGCAAAUGGCUAUUUUGAGAUAAAACCAGUUACUGAAAUAUCAUUAAGUUACAAGUUCUUUAGACACUUCAGGUCACACUCAGCUACCAGUUCCUGCCCUUAUUUUCCGUAGACGUCCUUUGCUUUUUACAGUUACAGAAGGGAUGAUGUGGAUAAUGUUCAUAUUUUUGAUUAAAUGUCUGUCUACAAGAGCAGGGAGUUACCUUUUUUGUAGUUUUAUUGCUGCUACCAUUUGUCUCUGUCAUGGUUGAGCUUUGUAUUGUAUUUGAGGACGGCUGUAAUAUUGGAGAGGUACAGAAGGUGUAUCAUCAUUGACGUGACCAUCAGCGGCUCACAAAAGCUCACUUCACUAACUAGCAGUGUCUUCAUAUCACCUGACGUGGGUAAAUUAUGUUCAUAUAGUAUAACAGGACACUUCACAUAGGAAUCGGGGGUUGGCAGAGGGUUUUGUUGAUGGUUGUAUAAUAUUUGCAUAGUUGCCAGAGCAAGGGCUCCGGCAAACUGAUAUAAGCAGUAAAGACGUGUUUGUUCCAUUGCUCUCUCACCUCACAGUGGUGCCGGGUUAUUGUGAGUCUGGUUGUUGUGGGAUGUGAUGUCGCUAUCACUGAGAUUAUCCCUGUUUUCUUUCCCUCUCUUAAACUCAGACCCCUCUAUUACCACAUGGAUCUCAGUUUAUGACUAUAUGAGCGUCUAUCUGUAGGCCAAGGGUGUCCAUCUUGUGGAGCUCCGGACAUCAGCGUGAUAAGACGUAACCUUGUUCAACUCAUAAUAAAAAUUGCCUCAUGACCUGCAUAGUUUUGCCAUCGCUUUAAAGUCCAGAGUUGAUUGCUUCCCUGUGGAUGACACUAGGCGUUGCCCUCUGUUCUCUCCCUCCCUUCCUUUAUCCUUUCUUCUCUCACAUCUUCCCUCCCUCGUUUCUGACCAUGCGGCUUAUAGCUGUAGAUGUGCUGUUACUCAUCCACUUCUCUGCUGUGAUAAGAUGGGCAAGUGCGAAAUAAUCUGUUAUCUUUGCAAGUCUCUUUCUGUCUAUCUCGCAUGCACACACAGUUGUGCCACCAAACGCAAAUGCACAUUUAAGUACUAUUCAGAUGGGAUUAGUUGUAUUGGGAGGUGGGCUAAUGUAAUUUUUACCAUAAUGUCUAAGUGAUUAUAUCCUGUCAUUUUUGCACUCGCACAUCAGUAACGAUUCUGGCACCUUUCAAAACAAACUGUACAAUAACCCCCUUGCUGUAAAAUAAGCAGCAGAAAUAACCCCAGGUUAUAUUAAUCCCAUGCUAUAAAACAAACCAUAUAAAUUAUUUUUACCCCAUGAUAUAAAAUGAACCGUUUAAAUAGCCCCAAGUUAUAUUAAUCCCAUGCUAUAAAACUAUCAUACAAAUAACCUCAGGUUAUAUUAAUCCCAUGCUAUAAAGCAAACCAAAGAGAAAACCCCAGAUUAUAUUAAUCCUGUCCUAUAAAACUACCGUACCAAUCACCUCAGGUUAUAUUAAUCCUAUGCUAUAAAACGAACCGUAGAAAUAAUCCCAGGUUAUGUUAAGCCCAUGCUAUAAAACGAACCAUGGAAAUAACCCCAAAUUAUUUUCACCCCAUGCUAUAAAAUGAACUGUAUAAAUAACCCCAGGUUAUGUUAAUCCCGUCCUAUAAAACUACAAAUAACCUCAGGUUAUAUCAAUUCCAUACUAUAAAACAAACUGGAAAAAUAACCCUAGGUUAUAUUAAUCCUGUGCUAUAAAACUGCCAUACAAAUAACCCCAGGUUAUGUUAAUCCCGUGCUAUAAAACUACCAUACAAAUAACCCCAGGUUAUGUUAAUCCCAUGCUAUAAAACUACCAUACAAAUAACCCCAGGUUAUGUUAAUCCCGUGCUCUAAAAUGAAGCAUAGAAAUAACCCCAAAUUAUUUUAACCCCAUUCUAUAAAACAAUCCAUAGAAAUAACCCUAAAUUAUUUUAACCCCAUUCUAUAAAACAAUCCAUAGAAAUAACCCUAAAUUAUUUUAACCCCAUUCUAUAAAACAAUCCAUAGAAAUAACCCUAAAUUAUUUUAACCCCAUUCUAUAAAACAAUCCAUAGAAAUAACCCCAGGUUGUGUUAAUCCUGUGCUGUAAAACUACCAUACAAAUAACCCCAGGUUACAUUUAUUCUGUGCUAUAAAACGAACCAUAGAAGUAACAUAACUCAAAGAAUUGUUUACUUUAGUUCUCUGUGCCUCAGAUCAGGCUGAUGUGUGUUAUCCUACCUCAAGCGUAUGACUCCAAACAUUAAAACAUUUAAACUGUCAGAAAAAAGAUGGUUUUAUGCGCUGCUGAUGUCUGUUGUAAAUCCCCAGGCUAAUGACCGUGCUAGUUGCAUUGCCUUGAGGCAGCUAGAUAGAUGGUUAGGGUAAACUAAAUAACAGCUAUGCUUUGACAUGUUUUCUACUCUUUUUUGGGAGUGAAGUCAGUGCGUAAAUCACGCUCUCAUCCUUGUAACUUAUCCCGUGUGAAUUGGUCAUAAACAUUUCAGACGUCCUAUGGUAAAAUUACAUUACCCCACCUCCCUAUGGGAAACUAAUCCCAUGCUAAUAGUACUCAGGACAGAUAAAAGAGAAGACAGACUCGUUGUGCCAGACAUUAAGACUGGACCGAAAGUCUACAGCAUUUCUUUUGCCAUUGACAUUGUAGUGUAAAUUGUCAGAAGCUGUGAGCCGUUCCAUACUAUGAUUAGUAUAUUUGAUGAUCCAAAGGGCAGUGAGAUCACUGUUGUGCCAGUGUUUAAUGGUGUGGUGUGUGUGUGUGGCCAUAGUCCCUCUUUUUAUAUUGGCAAUAUCAGGGAAACGCCCAUUCGCGUGCCAUUCUCACCCUUGGCACCAGAGAUGUUAUUACGGGGACUACAUGGCAUGUCCAUAAAUGUUUAUCCGAUUGUUUUAUUGUCAUAAUCACUCCUGAUAGGGUUCCUAAGCAAGGCCAUGCGUCCUGGUCCGUCCUGAGAGAUCUCUGCUAAGCUACGCUGCCUCUCUUGCUCUCUCAUACUGUACGUAGUUCUUCUGACUGUCUCUUCCACACGUAUACAGAGAUUUGGCUUGGCACCCUCAGGUCUCUGAAAUAUGGGGCUCAGUUAUCAAGGCUGUGGCUGAAUAUCCAAGCUUAGACUAAACACAGGCCUCUCACACACAUGCUUACUCUUGCACGUGCACACACACACACACACACACACACUCUGAAGAUUUCUGAGCUUCGCUUUAGGGGCCAAGCUUUUAACGCCGCUCUCCCUGCCUCCGUUCAACUCAGAAUACCUCAGAGAAUCCAUAAACAAGACAAAUAUGCAGUGAUAACCAGGAACAGAUCAGAGAGGAAGAGAGAAGAACUCUGUCUGUCUGUGUGUCCAUCAAUCCAUAUGUCAGAGGUAGUGAUUCUCGCUGUCUUUCUUGCUCUGGUAUUCGUGUGAUUGCUGGUUAUGGGCAGAGCUAAUCACACAGGGGAACGGAGCAGUGUGGAAAUUCCCUGCAGGCUUUGGAUGACUCGCUUGGUGGGGAGUCUCCUGAGGAGCAAACAUCUUCUCCGUGGUUUCCGUGGCACACUGUCCCAAAACAAACUUUCUCUCACUGUACUCCGGUCGUCACACUUUUCUGUCUUUAAGCUCUGUGUUGUCGCUGUGUGAUCGAUAGUGGAAGACUUUUUUAUAUAUAUAUAAAGCCUUUCCUCUGUUAGUUUUACCUGUUGCACUUUAAAGAAAUUAUAGAACUUAUAAUAGAUGCCUUUGGACAGUUGCUGAAUGUCGUUAAUGAAAUAGCAAAGCUGCCAGUAUUCAAGGGGAAUUCUGUCAAUUUUUCAAAAUAUCUUAAUUGUUGAAAUGUAAAAGUCAGUCAGUGUGGUUUGAUAUGAAAUGCUUCACUGCAGAGAAAUUUACUGACUUCUUUAAAGUGGUAGUGAAUCUACACGUGUUCUCAGUAAUAAUGGUAAAUCCAAAAAAAAUUUGAGGACUAUUUUGCCUUACAACGCCCUGCAUGUACCUCUCUGCCAUGAAUGGAUUUAAAAGUCCUACAGAAAUUUCUCUGGUUUCUUUUGGCAUUUAUGCAGUUAUUUCAUAUAAUAACUUUAGGUCGGGGAGCUUUUAGAGCCAUUAAACUCUUCAGACGUCUGGUUCCUAUCACCACCACUGUGUAUAUUUCUCUAAAACAUCAAACCACCGUGAAUGACUUUGUUUAAACAAUUGAAUUAUGUGAAAAAAAUGUGGAAAAAAAGGUGGAUUUCCUGUUUAAAUUUUAGCUAACUUUCCAACACAGGAUCGACACUGUAAAAAGCAUUUCUGGUUGUGUUUACUUUACUCAAGGUUUUCUUGUAUCAAUGCACGAACAAACUUGUUUAUUACCCCAAUUUAUUCUACUAGAAAUUAGUCCCAUCUCUGAAUUUCUCUUAUACAAAUGUACAUGCCUAAGUUAUACAGUCAUAAGCAAAAGACUUGUCAGUUGACAUGUCUUGUUGAUUUUCUGAGUUAAAAUUGAACACAUCCUCUUCAGAGAACACACUUCUGCACAUUUUAAUGCACAUUUACAGCUUAUCUUCUCAAUUUAACAUAUUAAGGAGCAAAAAAACACAAAAUAUGGCCUGUGCAAAAGUUAUGACACAUUUUAUAUUUUAUGCUUUAUUUUUUCCCCAGUAUGUUGAACUUUUUUCACUUAGAAAAUCAACCACACAUUAAUUUGACUGGGAAUGUUUAAACUUUUGCAUGCAACUGUAAACCGUUGACUGAGGAACUCAUGGGUGUUCUGCAAAAGUACGUUUGCUUAUAGAAUUCAGCAGCUGCUCAUUGGCUUCUGUUAUGUUUUUUGCAAGUUAGCAGGUUUUUCUGCUCUUCAGGGUCUGAAUUAUCGUCCAUGGUAAUUGUAUAUAUGCUACAGAUGCAGCUUAUAGAGAGUCUGGAAAGUCAGUUUGGACAUGAGUGAUGGUGAUUAAUCUCACCGUAGCUUGCUGGCGGAUGGAGGUUUGGGAGGGUGCACAUGGAGACAGCCUUUGUGUUUUUUAUUGCUCUGCCAACCCCACUUUUAUACUCACAUUUCACUGUGUACAUUUCCUUUAUCUAUGAGCGUGUUCUUUAUUGGGUUGAACGUCAGGGCAUUCUGGCUGGCAGGAUUAGAACUCACGAAAACAUAAUUAUUGCAUGUUUCCUCACUCACUGAACUUUAACCUAGUUGUAUGUCCUGAAUAGGUGACGCACAGAUCUUCUGGUGCGUCCGUGUGGGCUGUGCCGGAGGGUCAGCGCUGGCCUUUGAGCAUUUGAUUUAUUCGGUAUCGCCUCCGAGUACAGAUUAGAGGUGCUUCAGACAGCUGCGAGAACACUGCCAGAAAUCUUGGCCUGGACCCGUUUCAAGUGCACAUGCACACAUUUACACAUAUCUGUAUUUAUAUACGAGUUGAUAGAUGGAGAUAGAUGUAAUUGAACUCAGAGUUUUUGCACAGAGGGGGAGGGAAGAUAUCCAUCUGAACAAAAUGGCCACCGUUUGCCUGAUGUCUUUAAAUGAGAAACUAACGUGUCUCUGAAAUACAGUUUUAAGUGUCAAAUCAAAAGCUGUUAACACAAAGAUUCUUGAAAUCGUUACUGUGUGGUUGAUAAUGUACUGUUGCUAUGUACUCAGAUAUUUUGGUUCUUACUCUUCUUACAUUUAUGGUUUCUUUUCUUUUUUUCUUUUUUUUGUUUUUUUUUUGCAGCCUGUGUGACUCGGAUUGCGACGUGCGUGUUUUUCUAUCAGCGAUGUGCAAAAUCCUUGUUCUGGGGUUGGAGGUGUCCCUCCGUGACUGCGCGCUCCAAAGUGCUCGCGAUGAUUCCGAGACCGUUACUUACAGACUGUGAUCGCGUCGUUCCGUCAACAGCAGCUCUCGCGGAUCAAGUCGUCUUAGGUCGGCUUUGUUCAGCUGCGGCCAUCCGAAUCAUCGUUUGUUUCCCGCGUUUGUUUACCGAGGUUUAGAAAGACACUCAUAUUUUAUGAUCUCAAGUGGAGCUCCAUUAAAUAGUUUACUUAUUCACUCGUCUUCAAUCGUCAUUAUUUACCCGAGCGCUCGGUCGACACGUCCACAUUCUUCAUGUGCUCCGUUUGAUGGGUCGAGACUGUUUACGGGACGAAACCACAUUAAACAUCUGCUGAAGGAUCGGGCCAGUUUAUGUCUGACUUCGCUGUUUUAGUCUGAACGAAUCGGUGCCAAGUGAUGUUAGUCUGUGCUGUAAUGUGCCACUGUUAAAGCCUGCUCGUCCGUCAGCAGCCCAAGCUUAACCAAAACCACCCCAGUCGUCUGUUACAUUUAUAGUGUGUUACUUGUGCUCGAGUCGUGCAGUGAAAGAGUCAAACCAAAGACGUGCAGAGUCUAGUGUUCUCUCACCAGUCGGACUGUGUUGGGUGUCUUUUUCUAAUGCUAACGUUGCGAUAGGGCUCGUUUUUAUGGCGUACAGUAGAGUUGCAUUGUAAACAUGGACCUAAUCUCACACUACUGUACAGUCUAUAGGAGAAGAAUCUCACGCACAAAUAAUAAUAAUAAUAAGGAAUAAUCUCAGUAGUAUUGUUUGCUCGACUGUUAAAAAAGUGAGUUUCACCGUGUCAAUAUUACAAAACCUGCCUCUUGGUGAGAGGUUAAAAUAAUCCUGUCUUUUUAAAGGGGAUGUUUGGCUUCAGGUGUUUGUCAGAGCUGUCGAUCACUGCAUUCAGGUUCCCAUAGAUUUCCAUAGGAUCAGCUUUCAUUCUCUUUCUUCAGGACCCCAGGAAACCCUGCCUUCUGCCACAGCGCGAGUCCAUCUUUUCUACAAACUCCUGCUAUUUUCUACAGCACGCUAAGGCACAGUCACGGAGGGUGCUCACCCCGUCCACUUUAAUUCAAUAAGGAAAAAGACAUAUAAAAAAAUAAUAAUAAAAGAAUAAAGUUCAGUUACCAACCUGGUUUUCUUUUCUUUCUUUUUUGUUGUUAUGUUCAAGUUCAAGAAAACUUACUGCCUUUUCUCCGUUUGUGAGAACGCUGGAGAUUUCUUUAAAAAUGCUAACAGAGAAAAAAGGCAUAUUGUAUUCUUCUUUUGCCUUUGUAUAUAAAUAAACACUUCAUUAUCAGCCUUGUCA